GCGCCAAAGCGAAGAGAGGAGGAGGAGGAGGAGGAGAAGGCCGAGUCGGAAAGCCAUGGAAGAAGCCGAACAAAGCCGAGGGAGGGAUCUCUCGCUGCUCGCCCUGCAACAACCCCCCCCAUGCGCGCACGCACGCUUACACGAUCCCUCCCUCGAUCGAUCCAUAGUCACCGCAGUGCAUGAAUGAAUGAAUGAAUGAAUGAAUGAAGGAAUGAGUGAGUGAGUGAAUUUCAACUCCACGACGGGGAGAGAGAAAUUGAACUUCUGCCGUCGUUUGCCGUCGAUCGAUCGAUCGAUCGAGUGCCACCAUUUCCGGGGGCUGUUCCGGACUGGGAGCCAAGGCGAAGGGGGAGUGGGGAGAGUGUCACGGCGGACUUUGGGUUCGUGUGACCAUUUCUUGGUGUGUGUGCCGAGGGUUAGAGCGGGAGAAGCUGAGGAGAGAAGUUACAGCGGUCAUGGUUAAGCGAGCGGGAUGAUGAAGUGUGAAAUCGGAGAGAGAGAGAGAGAGAGAGAGAGAGAGAGAGCCUUGUGUUUGAUAUGGUUUGCGUUGCAUCGUGGCUCUAUUUGUCAUUGAUUGUGUGAUUGAGGAGGUUUAGAGGUAGUGCGGCGGUGUUGCUUGUGCAGAGUCAGUGUGUGCUAUCGGUGAGUCGAUUUGUGGAGGGCGGCGGGGAAGGUAGGGAAGGGGAAUGGAGGCGGAUGAGAUACGCGUGGUGCUUGAAAGGGCGUCGGAGCUUCAUGGCAAGUUCAAUGAAGCCAUUGAAAGGGCUUUGAAGUCAGAUUUUUUACAAAGUAGUAGUGGAGGAAUCCUCGAUUCUGAUUUUGCCUCCGCGCUUGACGGGGAUGAAAUCAAUGGCAUGGAGAGCUUCAACAGAGAGUUCAUUAAGGCUGCCGGUAAAGAUGGAAUCAGCAAUGCGGAGGCAAGGACCUUAGGAUUGAUUCGCGAUGCAUUGGAAGCACUCGAAGAGCAGCUCCAAGCUUUGCAGUCAAUGCAAAAUCACCAGCGAGCCGAAAAGGAUGCAGUGCUCGCAGAACUUGAAGAGAGUCGACACUUGCUCCUAAUUAAGUUGAAGAACCAUCGUGGACGUGAAUGGGAAGUUGUCCGAGAAGCCUUAGCAUUUGCAGGAGAACCAGUGGAAGAAAGAGACGAUCUGCUUCUUCCUCCGUACCCAAGGCCAGUUGUGGAUGACUCUCUCGCAGUGAACACACAACCAUCUAAACAACUCUCUCGAACAAUCUCACUGCCUAAAGGUCGAGCCGUUAAAAAGCUUAUUCUCUCAGAGAGAGAUCAAGAAGUAGACAAAGACGUGCAUAGAAAUAAGGAUAUCUCCGAAGCAGUGAAGGGUAAACAGGACAGUCAAGAACAAGUUAUUCCGGAGCAUCAAGUGCAUGGUGAAGGGGUCGUAACCUCUGCUGGGGGGUUUAUGAGAGGUUUGGGUGGGAGGGUUGGGCAUGCACUUGUUCAUGUUGCCAAGGCUGUCUUCGUGGUGGCGAGUGUUGUUGCUUUCCUAGCAUUCACUGAACACAACCACAGACAAGUUGAGCAGAUGCCACGCCCAGCACCUUCAGCAACGAAACCUAUCUUCGAACUUGAAAGUCGCGUUCGAGCUCCUUCGCCUCUGAAAUGUUCUCCUGGCAAGAAGCGCAUCGUUUUGGAGGAUGGGAGCGAAAAAUGCGUGGUGAAGGAGCGGUUUGAGCUACCAUUCCCCAGGGAAGUUGAGUCUCCUGAUGUGCUGCAUGGGCGAGGGUAACCAAGUCUUGGAUACAACUUCCAGAACAGUUUUGAACUUAGGUUGUAAAACCCAAUAGCUUUGUAAAUUGAGAAAAAAACUUUCAACUCCAAGCAAUUACUAAGUAUUUUUUUAUAUAAAAUUUUAAUUACUUCGAAUUAUAUGAAAAUUAUGCAAGUCUUGGUCCA